CUUCAAUCACUUUUGACAAACAACAGCGAACGAUGUCGGAACCGCAACCGCCCGCCGACCCGGCCUCGUCCUCUGCUGCACCAGACGCAGCAGCAACAGCAGCAGCAGAGACAGAUGCCAAAAUGACAGACGCGCAGCAGCAGCCAGAGGAGCCCCUCCCAGACGAGGUGCUCAACGCCACGGCCGAAGAGAUCAGGACACGGACCCGACUGCUGGAGAAUGACAUCAAGGUGAUGCGGUCGGAGCACAUGAGACUGAUGCACGAGCAAGGGGCCAUGAAGGAAAAGAUCAAGGACAACGCCGAUAAGAUCAAGCAGAACAAGGUUCUUCCUUUCCUUGUCGGCAAUGUCGUCGAGAUCCUCGACAUUGACCCGGACAUUGAUGAAGACUCAGAGGAGGGCGCCAAUGUUGAUCUGGACUCAAGAAGGAAGGGCAAGUGUGCAGUGAUCAAGACUUCGACCCGGCAAACUAUCUUUCUUCCCCUCAUCGGGCUCGUCCCCCCCGAGUCGCUCAGGCCUGGCGACCUCAUCGGCGUGAAUAAGGACAGCUACCUCGUUCUCGACAAGCUGCCCGCCGAAUACGACAGCAGGGUCAAGGCUAUGGAGGUCGAUGAGAGGCCUACCGAGACAUACACGGACAUUGGAGGCCUGGACAAGCAGAUCGAGGAGCUCGUCGAGGCCAUCGUCUUGCCGAUGCAACAGGAGCAAAAGUUUAAGAACCUGGGCAUCAAGCCGCCGAAAGGUUGCUUGAUGUACGGACCGCCAGGAACGGGAAAGACGUUGCUGGCAAGGGCAUGUGCAGCGCAGACGAAUGCUUGCUACCUGAAGCUGGCUGGUCCCUCCCUUGUUCAGAUGUUCAUCGGCGACGGCGCCAAGCUGGUCCGAGAUGCGUUUGAACUGGCCAAGGAGAAGGCCCCGGCCAUCAUCUUCAUUGACGAGCUCGACGCCAUUGGAACAAAGCGGUUCGACAGCGACAAGAGCGGUGAUCGAGAGGUGCAGCGUACCAUGCUCGAACUUCUCAACCAGUUGGACGGCUUCAGCUCCGAUGAGCGCAUCAAAGUCAUUGCUGCGACGAACCGAAUCGACAUCCUGGACCCUGCCCUCUUGAGAUCCGGCAGGUUGGACCGGAAAGUUGAAUUCCCCCUGCCAAACGAGGCGGGCCGGGCCAUGAUUUUGCAGAUCCACAGCAGACGAAUGACAGUGGCCAGCAACGUAAACUACGAGGAGCUGGCGCGCAGCACCGACGAGAUGAACGGCGCCCAGCUGAAGGCCGUGUGCGUAGAGGCGGGUAUGCUGGCGCUGCGCGAGGGCGCCACCGAGCUCUCGCAUGAGCACUUCGUUGGCGGCAUCGCCGAGGUGCAGGCAAAGAAGAAGAACGAGCUCUUCAUGUUCUCAUAAUACGGGAAUUUUAUACAUCGCCUGCGACACUCCCACAAUGAAGAGAGUUUUACAAACAUUGUUCAGAGAUUUCCCCGAUCUUCGGCCAGCUUGAGCAGGAGAUCCUCCAAUCUCUGCUGGGCCUUUUCCUGCCUUUCAAUCUUCUCCAUGAGACUGAGGAUGAGGUCCCGAGUCGCAGGCCCCGCUGCACCCUCUUCUGCCCCUUCAUUCCCGCGUUCGAUC